AUCAUGUCUGGCGGAAAGGUACGUUGUAUUACAGUAGGACACCGAUAUGACGAACCUCUCUAACGACUCUGGGUCCUCGGUGACUAACGAUAUGCUAUAGGAAAAGCAAUAGUGAUAAUUAAAAACCUCGAUUUAAUGAGACCGCGUUAUAGUGAACUUUGCCAGUUAACUGGCUCACUUUUAUCUCGGUUCGUAUUUACUGUGAUUUCCAAACAUUUAGAUCGACUAUAUAUAUCAUGAAGCUACUAACACUGGAGCGUUUUUUACUUUCUUUACGUAGGGCGACUAUCCGGUCUGCAAAGUUCUCGAGAUGAUUUUGAAGAGCCAUUCGAUGCCUCAUCGGGAAGACAGUCGCGACGAGUGGAGUGUGAAGGGAAUUCUCGGUGUCAAAAAAGCAGAGCUUCGACACGGCUAAGAAACGAAUCAUCACAAACUAAAGAAUGUGAGAACAGUAAAACUGUUGCCACUUUCCUCUUUUCUACUGUGUAACAGGAUUGAUACUUGAACUUAAUUUAUUUUUUUUCCUUUUUCCGUCUUUAGUUCUCAAAAAGUGCAAUGUUUUUGAUCUAUGAAUACAUGAAAUAACUGAAUUUUUAAUUAAGAAGAACUUCAUACCAUAAACGGUUUCCUUAGUUUUUCUUCCCGGGUUUGUUUGUAGAUAACCUCGUACUAAGUGCACUUUGCUUCGCGGGCAUCCGUUGCCUUUACUGCUAGGUGGUGUCCACUUUUAAAUCCAUUUUCAAUGGUUAUAUUUCUUCCAAGCUAAGAGGACAACAUUGUGCGAUUCCUUAUUAUCUUUACAUUUUCUUUUAACGUUUUUCUGUUGUUUUUGGUUUCAGAUCAUUUCAGGUAUGAGGGAGACUUCGAUACUAAAGGUGUUAUUCACUACCUCGGUUUCAAUGCCGGAGUCAGUAUGUGGCUGAAUCCUGCGCGAGUAUCGUCAUCCGGAGUGAAAGUAACCUACUGCGAUGGUAAUGGUCGUGGAGACCCUGAAAAUAUCUUAGAAUAUUUCACUCCCGGCAACAGUUCCACACGAACUGGAUGGUGUCUGGAUCUGGGAGAUUAUUACACGCUGCGGCUUACCGACUACACUGUGAGGCAGCUCGGAAGCAAUGACAGAAACUUUCUUCAAAACUUUGAACUCCUUGGCAGGCUUUGUAAUGACGAUGAUUGGUGUGUACUGGGCAGGCAUCAUCAAGUUGAUUGGAGGUCGCAGCGUUUUUCACAUAUGCUGUCAAGAAAUAAAGACUUGUCAUAUAAAACAAAAACGUGGUCUGUGAAAGGAGAAGUAAGAGCUUACCGCCAGUUCAAGAUAGUUCAGAUAAAAGACAUGUCGACCAGUGUGCCAGGCACGCAUGCUAUGUCCCUGGCUGGUAUCGAGUUAUAUGGAGUACUCAGUGUGCCAUAUUUGGACUAG